UCCUUGAUCGAUCGGUUGCUCCCGCUGCCUCUUCUGCCUCCCAUCCAAAGGAGUUACUGCCUCGGCUGAUGGAUGCCGGAAGGUGCCGCAUUGCCUGGUGUAUGUUUGUUGGCUGCUUGGCUGGUAGGCAUUACUUGGCUGUUCCUUUUUGUCUCUGAAUGCCUUUCUUCCGGCGGAUGGCUUGGAUCCCUGCGAGGCGACCAGACCUGCUCCGUCAGUGAGUGAAAAAGAUCCAGAUUUCACCCCCGGCCUCUCCCCGAUCUUUCCCGUCCCCCUUUUUCUAGAGGCGAAGGAGAGGGACGGACAGCAGCUUGCUGGUACUAGAUGAGGUCACUGUGUAAGUGGACAAGGGGGUGGAAAUCCGUACCCUGCUCCGGAGAUUAAAAAGCUUGAGGGGAGGGAGGGUAUCUGAAGAAGCAGCUAAUUGAUUAGAUACAAUAAUCCAACUUAUCCAGCUGAUCAGCACAUGCCUCUUGAACCCUACCAUGCAUUGAUUUUUAAAUGCUAUACAGGAAUGGCUCAGAGAGAGUGAGGGAGGCAGGGGGAAAAAUCACCUUUGCUGAAAGCUCGGAAUUAGAUUUUAUUUAUUGAAAUUGCAGUUGUUUAGCUAUUUCAGCAGCGGCAAGGUGAAGAUCUCUAAUUUGCAGGUAGAAGUGGGUGGAAAAUAUUAGCCUGUCCCUGUGGUGGAGGAAUUAAUUACCUCAACCCCUUCUGCACUCCAGGCAAAGUCACUGUACGGCUGUUUGGCCUUGUUCUUGCUGGCAUCAUAAUGCUGAUCUGUAUCUGCUGAUCAAGGCAUUUUAUUUUAGUGGGGUGUUGUUGUUUUUGCUCACCCGGUUGUUUAAACCACUACUGAAUGGGAAGGAGGAAGCUCCAUUCUCUCUACUUGGGCCCUGUCAGAGCCAUUAUUUCUAGCCAUCAACAGGCAAUUGCUGCAGAAGGAGAGUAAUUGGGUUCAAUUAUAUGUGAGUUAUAGUUUUGCUGCAGCUUCAAGCGGAGGACAGAUGUUGGAAGGGUGGGAUUUGGUGCUGAAAAAGGAAAGCAGAGCAACAGUAUAGUGUGUGUAUAGUUAAUUAGGAUAUGGAAAGGGUAGAUUGGGAUUGAGGCCCAUAUAUUAAUUGAAUCAUAUUAGGCAUUAGUGUUGGAGAGAUUGGCAGCAAAGAAUUACCUAACUUGUUAGAUACUAGAAAUGGAAGAGAGGGUUUCAUAAAUUAAAACAAUAGAACGGAUUUCAGGCUUCGUGGCAGUUUGGAGGUUCCACCCCUUCUUCUGUAGUAGAACCACCACUAUUGGACCAAGUGGCACAAUGACUCAUUUGCAGGCAGGUCUGUCCCCAGAGACCCUGGAGAAGGCCCGAUUGGAACUGAAUGAGAACCCAGACACUCUGCACCAGGACAUCCAAGAAGUUCGGGACAUGGUGAUUACCCGACCGGACAUUGGCUUUCUACGCACAGAUGAUGCCUUUAUUCUUCGCUUCUUGCGGGCCAGAAAGUUCCAGCAUUUUGAAGCGUUUCGCUUGUUGGCCCAAUACUUUGAAUAUCGUCAGCAGAACCUUGAUAUGUUCAAGAGCUUCAAAGCCACUGAUCCAGGCAUCAAGCAAGCACUCAAGGAUGGCUUCCCAGGAGGGUUGGCCAACCUUGAUCAUUAUGGCAGGAAGAUCCUGGUGCUGUUUGCUGCCAACUGGGACCAAAGCAGAUACACACUGGUGGAUAUUUUACGUGCCAUCCUUCUUUCAUUAGAAGCUAUGAUCGAGGACCCAGAACUUCAAGUAAAUGGAUUUGUUUUGAUUAUAGACUGGAGUAAUUUCACUUUCAAACAGGCUUCUAAGCUGACACCAAGUAUGCUUCGAUUAGCCAUAGAAGGCCUUCAGGACAGUUUCCCAGCACGAUUUGGAGGAAUUCAUUUUGUCAAUCAGCCAUGGUACAUCCAUGCCCUUUAUACUGUCAUACGCCCAUUUUUAAAGGAGAAGACAAGGAAGAGGAUAUUUCUCCAUGGAAACAACCUAAACAGUCUGCACCAAUUGAUUCAUCCUGAAAUUCUCCCUUCUGAAUUUGGAGGAAUGCUUCCACCUUAUGACAUGGGCACAUGGGCAAGAACGCUGCUCGACCAUGAGUAUGAUGAUGACAGUGAAUAUAGUGUGGACUCCUAUAACACGUCUGCAAAAGAAGUUGAAAAGGAACUCUCGCCCAAAUCCAUGAAGAGGUCUCAAUCUGUGGUAGACCCCGGAGUGCUCAAGCGCAUGGAUAAAAACGAAGAAGAAAACAUGCAGCCCUUGCUUUCGCUUGACUAGCCGUCUGAGCAUCAAAUAUGAAUUAGGGUGGAAGGUAUUGCUUUUCAGAGCCAUCCAUUGAGAAAGAAUGUACAAGUCGGAAUCCUAUUUUUCAUGUUAACGUAACAUAUUCUAAUGAGGCAGCAGGUUUUGCCAGGCAUCCUAGCUACCACUGAGCUGGAAAACAGGGUGGGGGGGGGAAAUAAACAGGAGAAAAUAUCAAUAAUAUAUUCUCUUAAGUGCCAACCUGUUUGUAAAUAGUCAUUUCCUUCUCUGUGCAUUUGUAAGUAAUGAUAGGAAUUAUAUAGUACAGGAAAAAUAAAUAAAGUGGCCAUUAAUGUGUCAGAUGAAGGCACUGUAAAAGAACAGAAUGAACUCAGACAAAAAACAGAAAAUCAGACCCUACAUAGAUGUCAUCCUUUUUAUACAAAGCCAUAUUUCAGCUGCCACACGGCUUCAUUCAUUUCUCACAGAUUCCAUUUAGCAAGAUAAGAUCCGUAGGCAUUGUAACUCAGAUUUGCUGGUUUAAAAGAUUGCCACAAACCUUGCCAGAGCUGAUCACAGGGAUUAUAAAAUAAUUCACUGUGGGGAAGGAGAAAAAGAAGAAAGAAAGAAAAGAAAUAGUUAUAGAGACAAGGAGCUAAAUACCAUUCGCUGGUAUAUUUUUGGAGAUGUCUGAUUUUCACAGUCUGGAUUUUGAGAGCUGUUUGGUUCCUGAACAUGAAAGAAGCCUCAUUUGGUUCCGUGUUGAGAACUUUAUCCUCUGCUCCUUCGACUUCGCAGAUGGAUGGAUGAUUUCUAAACUGUUCGAAACAAAAGUCUGGAUACAUAUCGAUAUAUUUUUACCAGUCUCUAUACAUAUAAAGUGUCAUUGGUAGAUAAGUAUAUUUAAUCAAGGAUUUAUAAAAACAAAAUCAUACCUAUUUGGUGUGUUUAGAGUUUAUUAUAUAUUGUAUAUUAAGGCAAUGUCAUUGUUAACUUAGUAAAAUAUUAAGUACAUCAUCCUACUUGGAGCAAAACCUAAUUGUUAGAAGAAUGGUGUGCUGCAAUGCCAUGCUAAGGCCAUCUUUUGUUUGUGAUGUAAUUGUGUAGAUGAGAUAUGUGCCAUAUUAGACUGAAAUAACAUUUUUACCUCAGAAGAUCAAACAGUACCUGAAGUGGACUGUAGUUUAGGAGUGUAUCUUCAUCUUUGAUUGUGCUGAUAUGCAUGUGUAUUUCUGCUGUACAUCAAAACAAGAAUUGCACCCUUCAACUAUCUUUCCUUCAGAAAGAUUUAAUAUUACAGUACAGUUGAACAGGAAUGACAAGAUCUCUUGUUUGCAAAAAAAAUGUUAUGAAUAAGCUUUCAAGGACUUAUUAAUCAGUUUCAAAUACUUGAGAUCCUUGACCAUGUUGGGAUUCAUUGUAAUCCUAGUUUUAAAGAUCUUUGAUUGGGAAAAAAAGCAUGAGUAUAUUGUAAGCACUCUGCUCCAUUUAGAGAUUACCUCUGCAGGUAAUAGUUGAUGGAUGGACUAUUACAUCUCAUGUUGGCUCUACCAUUGUUGUUUGAUUCAGAUGCUUAGUCUUUUCAAUAGAAACAUGUUUUCUGGCCAUUUCCCAUUACAAAUUACUGUUAAUAUAAUGUGAGGCUGUAGUACACACUAGACCAUUUUGUGUGCAGUUGAAUGCUAAGAUACGAAAGGCACAUUUGCCUUAAUUUCUCUUUACCCUGGGUACAUUUUGACAUUUGUGUUCUUCAUAUUCACAGACAUUAAUUUAAUUGUGAUAUGAUUUAAUAACAUUUUGGUGGUAUAGGGCUACAUACAAAGUUGCAGUAUAAACUUCCAUCUCUCUUGUGACCAGGAGGAUCCUUGUAGGGGUGAGCAUAAGGCUACAGUGGGAAAGUUGCACUAGGAAUGUAUACCUUCUACAUCCAAAAUGUCCUAUAUACUGUAUUAAGCAGAAAAUUCUCAGUGGAAGAAUGUUGGAAUCAGUGGAUCAGAAAUGAUCGCUACUGUAAAAAUGAUUUAGCAAGACUGAUGCUGAUCACAUCAGAGUUCAAGGCAUGUUUCCCAAACAGCACUUGCCUCUCUUAGGAUCUGCUUCAGCGUCCUUGGAAGGAUUACAUAAAGUAAGCAAAAAGUUAUGUCUCCUUCACAUUGAGCUUGACUCAUGGUGAUUAUCCAUGACUUUUUCCUGAAAAAUCACUGCUACUGCCUUCUUUUUCAUUUCUUUAUUUUUGUUUCCUAGUUUAGAUAUUUUGAGGGUCUCUCAUCCAAAUAUUAACCAGAUUUACUCUUACUUCAUUUCUGUGGUCAGCCAUGUAUUGCUAUGUGUGGUCGCUUGCUGAGGCAUUAGAGAACGUGUCAAUGCAUUCAGAAUUACUGCUAAGAAGAGAUUGAACUGGCAAUAGCAACCAGUCUACUUUCUUUAGUCAGGUACUUAUAUAAAUCAUGUUUUGAAGCAUAUUUGUCACAUUCAUACUUUACUGUUUUAGAGAAAAAGAAAAUGGCCAGUUUCUUGGCAUCUAGUUUUGGCUUUAACCUAUCUUUUUGUAUCUUUACCAUCAGAAGGAAAAACUUCACAUGCCUGUUCUUUCCCAGUGUAAUUUCAUGCCAAUAGGUCAGUUUAUAUUUGUCCUUUGAAGAUUCUUGAACUUAAAAAUCUUCUGAGCACCAACUAUAUAAGGCUUUAUAGGAGUUAAAAAAUGGAUGAUUAGACCUUGGUACAGGUAGUCCUGUACUUAUGACUGCAAUUGAGCCCAAAAUUUCUGCUGCAAAGGAAGCC